AUGGCAUAUGGAUGCCGACUGAUUGUCGAACUCGAGAGAAUGGGAGAUGGAUUGCAUUUUUUCAAUGUAUUCGAUUCAACAGCAAGUGAAAGUGGCCUAUCGGUUGGCAUCGUUGGAUGUUUAAUGCUCGUUACAUCAAUCGUUCUCAUUUUUGCAACAUUCUGCAUUGAACGAGUUUUUAAUAAAAGUACCAACGGAAGUACAAAGAAUAACAAAGAAGAAAGUUCCGAUGAAGAACCUGCCAAACUAGAACCAAAAUACUUUGAGCGAAAUAUUUAUGAUUAUGAGCCAGGCGUCCAACUAAUAAACCUUCGAAAAGAAUUUGAAAAUGAUAUAGUGAUAUGCAAUGAUUUAACGUUUGAAAUGUACCGUGAUCAAGUAACAGUACUGCUCGGACACGAUGGAUGUGGCAAGAGUACGGCGAUUAAGAUGUUGACUGGAAUGAUUCAACCAACUUCAGGUACUGCAAUCAUAAACGGCUUCGACAUUAACACAGAUCGCGUGGAGGCAAGACAAUCGAUUGGCAUUUGUCCUCAGCACAACUUUUUAUUGGACGAAUUAACGGCCGGUGAACACAUUGAAUUUUUUUGCCGAUUAAAGGGUUUGAGCCGAAGUGACGUGAAAAACGAAGUAAAAAAAUAUGUUGAACUACUGAAAUUGGAGUCAAUAAUUAACAAACGUGCAGAUGAACUAUCACGUGGAAUGAAAAGAAAAAUUGCAUUUUGUAUUGCUUUGUGCGGCGGCUCAACGGUGAUUGUAUGUGAUGAGCUAACCAAUGGUGCCGGUAUGGAUCCAUUGGCCAAACGUGAACUUUGGAAUGCAUUGGAGAGUGAAAAAAUUGGCCGAACGAUAAUUUUAACGACACAGUUCGUGGAUGAGGCCGACGUGCUUGGUGACCGAAUCGCAAUUAUGGCCAAUGGUGAAUUUAAAUGUGGUGGAAGUCCGUUUUUCUUGAAAAAACGCUUCAGCGAUGGUUAUCGAUUGACUUGUGUCAAAGAAGAUGGUUGUGAUUCAAGUAAGAUUACAAAAAUAUUGAAAAAACACAUUCCGGACAUUGAAAUACAUAAAGAAGUGGCCACAGAAGUUUCAUACAUUUUGCCAUACAACGAAAUGGGGCAUUUUGAGAAAAUAUGCACUUUAUUGGAAAAUGGCCUAAAACAGUUGAAACUGUUCAAUUAUGGCGUUUCAUCGCCAGAAUUGGACGAAGUAUUUCUCAAACUUGGCAGCGACAAAACGAAUGAAAAGCCGAUAUUAGUCGAUGAUGAUACAGUUUACGAGAAAUAUGAUGCGGCUUUUGGAUGUUCAUUAUAUGUCUAUCAGUGCUUAGCAAUGCUUAAGAAACGAUAUUAUUGCUGGAUUACAAAUUUCAAGCUAUUCGCGAUUCUACACCACAUUCCCAUGCUGUUCAUUGGUAUGAGCAUGUUUUUCUACCGAAAUGCAAGCAGCUAUUAUACGCUUCCAUAUCUCAAUAUAACAUUGGACCCGUAUAGCGAAACAGUAACUAUGCUUCAAUGGGAUGAUUCCAUUAAUGAACAAAUUAAAAUCAUUUUUGAAUCGUAUCGCAUGGAAACCGACGAAAAAGCUGGCGAAACUCUCGAUAAAUUUUCCGAAAACAUUGAAGAACGCUUCUUAGAAUGGGUCAAAUCAGUUGAAAUACGAUCGAAUAAGCGAAAUUUAAUUGGCCUAAGUUCGGACAACGUUGUAUUAACGGCUUUCUACAAUGGCCAAAUAUUUCAUGCAGCACCACUUGCACUUAAUCGACUUUACAAUGCCAUUAUGAAGGCGAAACUUGGUGAAUGUGCUCUUGGAAUUAGUGUUGCAAACUGGCCGCUUCCAUUUCGAAACCAAUCAAAAUUGAUCCAAACGUCGAAGGAUAGCAACAUUGCCAAUCAAAUGGCCACAAAUACAUCGUUUGCAAUGGCCUUUGUUAUGGCAUUCUAUGUCAUAUUUUAUAUUCGUGAAAGAAUAUCGAAAACAAAAAUUCUUCAGUUUGUAGUCGGCGUGAAUAAGGCCAUUUUUUGGACAUCAUCACUGGUGUUUGAUAUUUUUCUACAUCUUAUAACAUCGGUGAUAUUUUGUGCUACAGUUGCUGUAUUUCGUGAGAAAUAUUGGUCGACGACCGAAGAGUUAACCAUACUAUUCAUUGUUUUAACAUUGUUUGGACUAUCAACACUGGCCAUUGUUCGCGUGGCGUCAUUCAUAUUCAAGCAUGACUCACUUGGAUUUGUGGGUUUGGCCGUUUUUUUCAUUAUAACUGGUGUGUGUCCUUACCAAUUGAUUGCGGUUUUAAGAAGUUCUCCUGUUAACUUAGCACAGGUGGCCGAUAUUUUAGAAGGGUUUUUCCUGCUUUUUCCACACUAUGCAAUGAGCUAUAGCUUGCUCAACAUGAAUCGUUAUCAGAUUCAAGCCGAAACACAACACGUCAAUUCUUCCGAUAUAUCAAUUUAUGAUUGGUCUGAACCGGGCAUCGGACGUAGUCUGACCUACAUGACCAUCGUAACAAUUGUCUUGUUCAGUAUUUUGCUUGUCAACGAAUUUAGACUUGUACAGCAUGCUCUUUACUAUGCUCAUGGUCUCCAUAAAAAAGAAUUACCAACAAUUGAGACAACCGAACGCAUCAAUCCUGAUGUUCAAGCCGAAAAAAAUAAAGUCAACGAAAUUUCAAUGGCCGACUACAGUAUAGUGUUGCAGAAUCUAACAAAAUUCUAUGGAAAUGUGCCAGCUGUAAAAGAUUUAUGUCUUGCAAUUGAACGUGGCGAGUGUUUCGGUCUAUUGGGUAUGAAUGGUGCGGGUAAAACCUCAACUUUCAGAAUGUUGACGGGCGGAACAUCCAUUUCAAGUGGCGAUGUAUUUGUAACGGGCCUAAAUUUAAAAAGUCAUAAGCUACAAGCCGGAUAUUGCCCGGAAUACAAUGCGUUACUUGAAGAUUUAAAAGGCAAACAAAUACUGGAAAUAUUUGCAUUAUUGCAUGGAAUUCGGCCAGGUGACAUUUCAAAAAGGAUCUCGGAAUUGGCCGAUGAUUUAAAUUUCAAAAAGCAUAUGAACGAAAGAAUCAAACGCUACAAAAGUGGUGACAAGAGAAAACUACAAACUGCAAUUGCUCUAAUCGGCACUCCGCCUGCUAUUUAUUUAGAUGCACCAAGUUCCGGCAUCGAUCCCGCUUCGAAGCGAAAUCUCUGGAGUGUUAUAUCGAAGGUUCGUCGAUCAGGUGCAUCAAUUAUGCUAACGACUCAUAGUUUGGAAGAAUGUGAGGCACUGUGUACUCGUUUGGCAAUCAUGGUGAAAGGUGAACUGAAGUGUCUCGGAUCGGCACAGUAUUUAAAAAAUAGAUUCCGAAAAGGAUAUUUGCUUCAAAUCAAAAUAUCACCGCAGACCAAACCAAGAAUGACCAAACUAGACCCCGAAACGACAAUGUUACAACUUGUGAAUUUUAUUAAUCGAAAUUUUCCAGAUGCAACAUUAGAGCGAAAAAAUCACGGACUUUGGACUUAUUUUAUACCACAAACCAAAAAGAGGCAGCCAUCAUUCAUGUUUGGCAUCAUGGAAAGAGCCCGUUCGACUUUGGGUAUUACCGAUUACUCAUUAACUCAAACCACCAUCGAACAAGUAUUCUUAUCAUUCGGUGAGUCAAGCGCCUAAAUAUUGCUUUAGAAAAGAAUAUUCCUUGUAUUCAUUCACAAAAAAAAGCAAACGAAUUUGUUUGAAUAAAAUA